AUGGCUUUGGUUGUAAAUUUGAAAACUGUGGAAUAUUUGAAAGGUAAAUACGAUCGGAUUGUUAGGAUAACAUUUAGAGGUAAAACAUUACAGUCGAACGUUGUUAACAGUGCAAAGAGAGUAGCAUAUUUUGGUCAGGUGACAAUAACAUUCGAAGUAACUUACGUAAGCCCGGAUGGUCAAGUUGGCAAUUGGGCCAAUAGGAUGAGUCAGCAGUUUGACUAUCCAAUCAGAAUGCAGGGUCAAGAUGAGGAGGCUCUCGUGGCCGAGGAAAGGGCCCUCCUACAAGCAGUAACCGGUCAGCAAGCGGAAGAAGAUGAGAAUGACGUCACGAGCAAGUCGGACCGUCUUGAUGAUGAUGACGAUGAAGAUGUCGGCUCGGGAUUGUUCAUAAUGGAGAACGCGGCUUACGACAAAAAAUCAAAAACAGCGUAUGUCGAUCUGCAAUUAGAUAGACCGAAAGAUUUCGAGGUUAUGAUAACAAUUAUAGAGGCCCAGCAGCUGUCCGGCCUUGACAUUGACCCCGUCAUAAAGGUCGAGGUCGGCGAAGAGUCAAAGUACACGACCAUCCUGGGAAAUGUCGUAGCCGCCAAAAAGAUGAUUGGUCAGUUCAGAUGUGAUUUAGGCACAGUUUAUAUGGCCCAAGACCACCAGUUUUACCACAAAUGGGCCGUCCUUAUGGACCCCAAAGAGCUGGACGCCGGGCCAAAAGGUUACGUCAAGUGUGAUAUAGCCAUCACGGGCAAAGGUCAAGCAAUCAAGCCACCUAAAAGUGCCAAAGACGACACCGAAACUGACAACAUUGAAGGGUGA